UAACCUUCCCUGUCCCCAUAACCAUUCCUCGCCCCAUAACCAUCCCUGGCCCCCUAACCAUUUCUGCUCCCAUAACCGUCCCUGUCCCCAUAACCUUCCCUGUCCCCAUAACCAUUCCUCGCCCCAUAACCGUCCCUGGCCCCAUAACCGUCCCUGUCCCCACAACCUUCCCUGGCCCCAUAACCUUCCCUGGCCCCAUAACCAUCCCUGUACCCAUAACCGUCCCUGUCCCCAUAACCAUCCCUGGCCCCAUAACCAUCCCUGAUCCCCUGACCAUCCCUGUCCCCAUAACCGUCCCUGUCCCCAUAACCAUCCCUGUCCCCAUAACCGUCCCUGUCCCCAUAACCAUCCCUGACCCCCUAACCAUCCCUGUCCCCCUAACCAUCCCUGUCCCCAUAACCGUCCCUGUCCCCAUAACCAUCCCUGUCCCUACGUGCUGCAGGGCAGGAAGGGGUGCGGUGGGAGGGGUUGGGGGACGGGUUGUGGCUGAAUGGGCGGAGCCAUUGGGUGGGCGGGGCCGUGGAAUGAGUGGGGUCGUCCCUCCGUUCCCCCCCCCCCCGCUCCCAAAUCUGACCAGGUCCUGGGGAUGUGGGGACUUGGGGACACAGGAAUAUGGGACAUGGGGAUACAGGUACACAGGGGCGCAGCCACAACCGCACUGCACUCAGGCAGCACUAAGUCUGUGCCCUCCCUGGGGGACCCCACGUCUGACCCUAUAGCUCACCUAUGGCUGUGCCUCGUGGCUGACCCCAUGGUUGCCCCAUUACUCACCCCAUGGCCUCAUGGCUGCCCUGUAACUGACCCCAUGGCUGACCCCAUUGCCAGCCCUGUACCUGACCCUACAGCUCACCCCACUGCCAGCCCUAUAGCUGCCCCACAGGCAUCGGGGUGGCCGUGGAUCCCACCCCCACACACUGGAGGACUGCAGAGCCCACAUGUGGGGGUCCAACCCCCCCCUCUACUGCCACCCCCCAGCCCACAUCGAGGCGAUCCCCUGCAAGAUCUGUGGGGACAAAUCCUCGGGGUUCCACUAUGGUGUCAGCGCCUGCGAGGGCUGCAAGGGCUUUUUCCGGCGCAGCCAACAGAGCAGCCUGAGCUACGCCUGCAGCCGCCAGCAGAACUGCCCCAUCGACCGAGCCAGCCGCAACCGCUGCCAGCACUGCCGCCUGCAGAAGUGCCUCCGCCUCGGCAUGUCCCGCGACGGCUCCAUCACCCCUGGCUGCUCAGUGUUAAUGGGAUCUGGCUCCAUCACCCCUGGCUGCUCAGUGUUAAUGGGAUCUGGCUCCAUCACCCCUGGGUGCCACAUCCUGGUGGGACCCGGCUCCAUUCACAGCUGGCUCCAGGACCUGGCGCCUUGGGGACCAUGUCCUUGUCCCUCCCCUGUCUCCAUGUCCCCCAUGAUGUCCCCACAUCCCCCAGAGCUGCUGACACAGAGCGUGCUGGCAUCGCACCGUGAGACGUGCCAGCUGCGUGCCGAGGAGCUGCAGCUGCGCCGCAGGGAAACCUUCAGCCGGGAGGAGGUCUGUGCCUUCCAGAAGAAGCUGCCGGAGGAGAUGUGGCAGCGCUGCGCGUGCCGGCUCACCGAGGCCAUCCAGAGCGUGGUGGAGUUUGCCAAGAGGCUGCGUGGCUUCAUGGAGCUCUGCCAGAAUGACCAGAUCGUCCUCCUCAAGGCUGGCGCCAUGGAGGUGGUGCUGGUGCGGAUGUGCCGGGCCUUCAACCCCGACAACCGGACCGUGUUCUUCGAGGGCAAGUACGCUGGUGCCGAGCUCUUCAGGUCGCUGGGCUGCCCCGAGCUCAUCGGUUCCAUCUUCGACUUUGCACAAAACCUCUGUGCUCUGCGCUGCUCAGAGGGGGAGGUGGCCCUAUUCAGUGCCAUCGUCCUCAUCAAUGCUACCCGACCGUGGCUGCAGGACCCAGGGAAGGUGGCUCGGCUGCAGGGACGCCUGGAGGUGGCCUUUAGGCUGCUGCUGCGCAGGACGCAGCGAGAGGGGCUGCUGGCCAAGCUGCCGCCGUUGUGCCGCCUGCGGGCGCUGUGCUCCCAGCACGUGGAGCAGCUCCAGACCUUCCGCCGCCUGCGCCCCGCGGCGCCGCUGUCCGCCUUCCCCCCGCUGUACCGGGAGCUCUUCGCCCCGGAGCCGGAAUCCCCCCGCUGAGACCCUCACCCCCCCCCUCCCCUUUCCCUUCCCCAUGGGUGCUGCGUGGCCAACCGGUAUCACGGCUGGGAAUAAAGGUGUGCGGAAGGGAA